GGCACAAACAAUACUCAGCUACAUGGGUACGACCAAUGUGCUCCCAUUCCACCCAGCUAUCUUGCCCUUUCUCAAAAGGGCACGGUUGGACCCGAUUAGGCAUUUUAACGGCAUCAUAGUCGAUCGUUAACUCAUCACCGCAUUAGCUGAGAGAUGGAGGAAGGAGACCCAUUGUUUCAACUUUAGAGAAGGAGAGGCCACCAUCACGCUAAAGGAUGUCGCCAUCCUAACCCAUCUGCCCAUCAACGGCAAACCGGUGUGCGCGAGUGAUCAUCCCCCCGAGGAUCGUGACGGUAGGCCCGGUUGGGUUCAUUUCAUCCACAGUGUUUUGGGAGUGAAAGUACUAGUCAAGGGGAGCGUUGAUGUGACUGAUCGCUUGCCACCAAUGAGGAAACACCAAGUCUCAAUUACUUGGUUGACGAAGUAUUUUAGAUACCAUUACGAGAGUCAUCCCCUAACCGAGAAAAGUCCGGAGGAUGAUAGGCAUGAUCGUGGGAGUGUUCUUCUCCAAAAAAUCAAGCAAUCUCCUUAGCUAUGGAUGGCUUAGGAUCAUCCUCGGUAGUUGGGAGGAGAUGGGGGGAGUAUAGUUGGGCAUCCACUUGCCUAGCUAAUAUCUACCACAAUUUGUGCAAUGCGUCUCUAAAAGCUGUGAGGGAGGUUGGCGGCGCAAUGUUCAUCGUCCAAUUUUGGCCUUGGGAGCAUAUGCCAUGGAUUGCACCGGUCCAACAUCCCGACAGGGAUUGGCCAAUCGAUCAUCCCCUAAGAGGUGAAGCUUAUGGUACAAGGUGGCUCGGACACACAACAUGCGACAACCUUGCCCAACACAAGUUGGACGAGUAUCGGAGGAGGUUUGAGCGACUUUGGGAAGGAGAGAUCGUCUUCGAUCCAUACCCGGAGAACAUCGUUCAUUGGCAUCUCCAGCAAUUCCCCGGGCAUAUCAGGCAAUGGUGCACGAGGGUCCGUCUAAUUUGUUUUGGGACCGUGGAGUGGCACUUGCCGGAUAGAUGCCUCCGUCAGUUUGGUCAGGAGCAAUGCAUUACGUUGGAGGUCCCCGAUAGUCAAAGGGCCUUUCACCACCGAGAUGGUCGGCAAGGUACUCGCGAUUGACCCACGAAGUUGGCAAAAUUCAUCACAAUGUGGGAGAACCGACAAUCCCAGGAUAUUGUCACUCCAACUCAAGUGGGUCGAAUGGGGUAUCAUGACCCAUACAUGGAUCGAUAUCGGCAAACAUCGGUUUGGUACAUGACUCUGGAGGCUGCGGCCGAUGGUGCAUUAGUAAGUACAUUCCGUCUAAACAAUUAUUAGAGUUUAUUACUUGGUUCCUAAUUUUUUCUAACUUUUUUUUUUUAUUUCGGCUUAUGGGAUCGAGCGGAUCAUAGAUAUGACCACCGGGAGAGUUGAGCUGGGCAAUGAAGAUGUGAGCUUCAUCAGGAGGAUGACAAACAGUCUGCUUGGCUGUAUCAGAGCUCAGGGUCGGGAUCAUCGUAGAUAUCCGCCCAUGCCCGCACCUCCGCCACCUUCGGUAUAAGUUGAUGUCCCCGAUCCCCCACCACCAUAUGAGAGAAAGAAGAGCAAGAGGGUUCGGGAAAGGCCCAACGUGCCCUACGUAAUGCCAUAUCAAGCGUGGAAAGUGCCGGCCCCAUUGGUUGUGACACAUGUUGUCGGCCCGAGUUCCGCCCAAGAUCCCCGCCCGAGUUCAUCCCAAGAGCACCGCCCCUCCAUCCACAACGAUCCCCACCCAAGCUAAUACUACGAUCCCCGCUCGACCUACCAUCAAUCCCCUCCGAGCUACCAUCAAUCCCCAUAUGAUCCCAACCCGAUCUCAUACAAGGAUCCCCGCCAACCAUCAUACGAUUCCCGACCCGUCUACCCCCCAACUCCCUGCCAACAAUACUACGACUCUUGCCCGGUCUACCACCAAGAUCCCCCUACAUCAUCAGGUACUUGGCAUGAUGGUUCCUCCACGACGGCGCCCCACGAAUUCACCCCAUGGACUCGCCCUCAUCAGUCGUGGCCUCCUACUCCUCACCGUAUGAGCGCAGAUGUCCCCCGCUCGACCCCGGAAGAGCCGCCUCUCCGCCGACACAGCACCGACGAGCGCCACACUACCUCGGCCAUUCGGCCAUUCGUAUGUCACCGCAACCACCUAUUGUUACUCCCGUCGGCCGUCGUACAAGGAGCAAGAAAACCGUCAGUUCCGGUGAAGCUCGUGGACUUCCUUGAGAUGUAUUUUGAGUUGAAUUUUAAUUAUAUGUACUUGGAACUAUUCCUCUUAUCUUAGUUUAUUUAAUUGAGUGUUGUUUUAAUUUGUUUUUACUUCUAUGUAAUUGGCUUUGUCCAUUUUUUUCGUGUUAACUUUAUAUUAUCCAAAUUCGAUCAAUCAACAAUUCACAAUUACUUGCCAAAGAAGUCAUCUCAACAAUUCACAAUUACUUGCCAAAGAAGUCAUCAAUCAACAAUUCGCAUUAGCUGAGUCUGCCACAUCAGGACCCGGUGUUUGUGGACCAAUCGAUCCUGGACACCUUCGUUUAUCAUGUCCUGGUACUUUGCAUAUUGAACAUCGUCUUGGGCCUCGAGGUGGUCUUCCACUUUGAUCCAUUUCGUUCUGAAUUCUCUUUUUCCUCAGGCGACCCUGUUCACGUCUCUGUCCGAACGGCGGGAUGAUCAAUUUUUCUUCGUACAACUGCCAAUAAGCUUCAUCAGGCAAUGCACGGAAACUCCGCCCAUAGGUGUUUUUGAGUAAUAACAAUAAAAAGUAAUACAAAAUAAACUUACGAGUUAACG